UAUAUAAUGCAGGAGAAUAAUUCCUGGUUAUGGUGGGUGUGGUGGAGUGUGUGUGUGAGAGUGACAGUAGCCAUCAUGUCUGUGAACACGUCUCAUGCGGGCAAGGGUGUCCUUAUAUAUGCUGGAGAAUGUAUAAUCUUGUACUGUGAUCAUGUGACGAUGGAGUUUGGAGGAGCAUUGCCUCCUGAGAUGAAGGGAAGCAAGACAGGCCGCUUAUACUUAACAUCGCAUCGUUUCAUCUUCAACAACAAGGAUUCAAAGGACCGUCUUCAGUCGUUUGCUGCACCUUUCUUCUCGCUGAAGGGGGUUGAGCUUGAGCAGCCUGUCUUUGGUGCCAACUAUAUUAAAGGGACAGUGACUUCACAGCCUAAUGGUGGCUGGAAUGGAGAAGCCAAGUUCAAGUUGACAUUCAAACACGGCGGAGCAAUAGAGUUUGGACAGGCCAUGCUAAAAGUGGCAUCAAUGGCCAAUCGCAACAUGGACACGAGUUACCGUGAUGCACCACCGCCUUAUACACCACCAGCAUCCACCUGGACCCAGGCUCCACCCCCUGCCUAUGCUCCUCCUGCUGGUGGCUACUACGGAUGGGUGCCACCUGUCAACACCUUCCCUGAUCGCCCACCAGCUGAUGGUGUAUUCAUGUAUGAGGCUCCUCCUCCAUACCCUGGGAUAGGAGGACUGCAUGGGUACCCCACUGCCACAGGAGCCACUGGCCUCUCUGCUGCAGAUGCUAAGGCUCAAGAGGCAGCUCAGAGUGCAUACUAUGAUCCCAACAACCCUCAGUAUGCCUAUGUUCCCCCACCAGCAUAUUCUGAGUCGCCACCUUCGUAUGAUGCUGCUACCAAGAAAUCCCAAUGAAGAGGGAACUUUUCUCGAUUUAUCCAGAGGUCUUAUCAGCAUUGCUCCUGAGAAUAUGAUCCUACAAUUUAUAUAAUACCACUUAGUUGCAAUUGAUUUCCAUAAUAUAUUUUGGAAGUUGUAUAUUUUUUUUUGCAUAUGAUUACUUAUUUGUGCUAUGCUUGCCAUAUAUUUUAAAGUGUCCAGUGGUUGUAGCACAUGAGUCUUCCUCCUGGAUCCCAUUCCAUUAUGCUACCACUCUGAAAAAAAAAACUUCUUGUAUCCUUUUGACAUGUUUUCUGGUUAUAAUAUUGUUUUUGUUCAUUAUGCCAAGAAAUUUACUUUAUUUUCUCAUAUCUUUUUAUAAUGUGACAUAAUGUCUACACUUUUAUUUACUGUUAACUAAUGAGGGCAUUUUUUAAUGUUUUUAAUUUUUCUUUAUAACUAACAUUUCAUAGCUCUGGGAACCAUUUUGAUGCAUACAUCUUCAAUCUUAUUUUACAUUUUUUCUUAAGGUGUAGACACCUCCAACACACUACAUACCAGUUUAGGUCGAAUGUAUGCUAUAGGCAUUUUUGUAGCAUAUCAUCAUCCGUAUAUCUAAAGGCUAUUUUGAAGUUUGCCAAUCUAGUAUGCAAGUUUCUCAUGACUAUUUGUGAUCUUCCAGUGACAAUAUUUUGUCUGUAAUUAUCACUAUAAACUCUCCUCCCCUUUGUCAAAUGCUGUUAAUGUGUGAUCACUUUCUACUACAUUUUUUUUUUUUGUCAACAAACCAGCCAUAUCCCACUGAGGCAGGGUGACCUAAAAAGAAAAACAAAAGUUUCUUUUAAAAUUGAGUAAUUUAUAUAGGAGAAGGGGGUCACUAGCUCCUUGCUUCCAGCAUUUUUAGUAGCCUCUUAAGACACGCAUGGCUUACAGAGGAAGAAUUUUGUUCCACUUUCCCAUGGAAGAUAUUCUUCAUUUGGUUAUGUAUUUUUUUAUUUCCAUUACAUGCCACUUUUUUUUCCUAAUCUUCUGCCACCCAUUUACUUUGUUUAUCUGCAUCAUCUUGUAGGAAGUAUCAUUUCUAUUAGAGUUCUUCCUUAUUUUUGCUAGGUCACAAACUGCAUUGGUUCAUAUUAUGUAUGGUUUGUUUGUUAGCACCAGCUUCACUAAAUGGUGUUUGAAACUCAGUAUUUAGCAGAAUCAGUGUUAAACCAUAUACUGUAUACAUGUCAGUCCUUUUAUUCUUAAAUUGAAGUUUACUUAUUUUACAUAGGUUUUUCUGUAUCAAUACAAUCAGAUUCAUUCAGUAUACUUUAUUCCUUUUGGCAAGUUAGUUAUAUAAAUUAAAAAUAUUGUAUAUAUUUAUGUAAGUAUGUACUGAUCUUUGUGGAACUCCAUUAGUUAAAAUUUACCACACUGACAUUUUCCCUUAUAUUACUGUUCACAUUCUUUCAUAUGGCAAAUCAUUCAUUUAUUAUAAUAGUUUCUUUUAUUUCUAGAUUAUUCUUACAUUGACAACACACUUAUCAAAGGUUUUUUGAAAUCUUAAUAAAUGCAAUCAGGCCAUCUGCUUUCUUGAAUAAUUCAUGACCCAGUCUUGGCAUAAUAUAAUAUCAGUGCUUCUGGAUAUAUUUGCACUCACUAAUAACCUUUGCAUUUUAAAUCUGCACAGUUGCAACAAAUGUACCUUAAGUACCUUUUGAGGUUACCCACUAUCAAACACUUUUACUUACAGUAUUUUAACGUGUGGUAAGAUUACAAAGCAACUCACGGGAAAGAAUUAUAUGUAAUGCUAAUUUUCAGUUGUUAAGUGCAAAUUGGUGGAACAUUAAAAGAUCAGGGUUUUUAACUUUCGUAAUGAUUAUACCACGUUCAUUAUAAAGUUAAUACAUUUAUCAAAGUUGUCACUGGCUGCUAUAUGUCAAUAGUUAUACCAUAAAGCAAGUUGGAAAAACACUUCAUAAUGAGUUUAUCACCUUUUCUCUAGUGCAUUUUACACUGAUAAAAUAGAAGCAUUGCUAAAUAGUUGCCAUUGUUAUUCAUUUAUUUUUAUAAGUUUUUAUAAGUUUAUUUUUGUAAGUUAAGAGGUUGAGGCUCAUGGUAAAUUGGUGAGUUAGUUUCCUCAUGAUUCAUAACCAUAAACUACAAUAAUGUAGAAACAUACAUGUCAUUUUGUGGAAAUUUGUGAAAGGCUGGGUUGACUGAGAUGAACUUUUUCAAAAAUUUAGUAAUUUAUGAAAAGGUUGCUUCCUGUAUUGUUAAACUUCUGUAGUAAAUGAAAACUUAAUGAACAAGCUAUGUAUUUAUUAAAUUAUGUAAAGAGAUACACCACGGUUGUUUUUUCACCAGUGUUAAAGUUAAUGCUGGAAUCAUCGUUUCACAUUAAUGCACCAUAAAUUAACAUGGGGGUUAUAUAUGUAUGUAAAUUUACUACUUUUUUAUAAUGAAAUUUCCAGAUAGAGAGGAAGCAUUAACCAGCUCUUAACAGUUUCCUUCACAUUCCUAGGAUAAGUAUUGACAUGAUACAUGUUUUGUUGCAUACAUUUAUUUUGAAAAUAGUAAAGAAAUUUAUUACAUCAAUUUAUUAUUUUCUUGUAAGAGUGAUGUAUACACUUUCCUCUUGUUAAAAGGUCUUGCACAUUUAAAAGUGUAACUACGACAACUGGAACUACUUAUGAUUUAUUAUUCUUUAAAUGUCUGUUUCAAAUGAAAGUAGUUGAUAAUUUUAAAUUUAUCCCAUAUCACACUUUUCUGUUCUUAAAUCUUUUGUGGAAAGAAGCUCUGCAGCACCUAAUUUGAGAAACAUUGUUGAGCUCUAGCAUGAUAUGGCUUGUAUGUUAGAGUUCAGGCAUCCUUGUGUUACAAAAGGAAUGUGUACUGUAAUUUUUUGAGGUAGUCCUCGGUUCUGGUUGUAUUUUAUUCCUCUAGAUAGUGUAUUUAUUUUCAUAGCUUCAGAUGUGUACACUGUUAGAUCCUACAGCUGAGUCUAGGUUCUGAUAUGUCCUUGUGAUAGAAUUUCAGCAGUGUGCAGUGAGGUACCAAUGUAACUUCAGAAAAAAGUUUUGCAUACUGUAGAUCUUCACUGAGUUCAUAUUUGUUAACUCAGGCUGUAUUAAAAUAGUAUGUAAUAUUUAUGGAAAUUUUGAAAGUUAGCCUUCAUAGUGUGUAUAAAAACAAGCAAUGAAAUAUUUUCACUUGUGGGUUAUAUAGACAUUAAUGUUUAAAAGUGGGGAGUGGGAAACUAAGUUGUAGAUCUAGUCAGUCUUGGUGCUUGAGGGUGAUAGAGACCCAACAGUAACUGGGUUGACAUGAGAGAUGCAUGUCCAGUUAAUUUUGCUUUUACAAUUUGAAACUUAAUAAUUGGUUGUAACUGUAAAGGAAACUAGCUUUAUAUUUAGACUAUUUUUUGUUUAACAUCUUUUUAUAUUUUGGGGCUCCUUUGCCUUGAUAGCAUAGCACAGUAGUAUGAAAUCAUACGAAUGGAUUGUAGACUCAAGUUUGUUGUGAUUGUAUUGAACAUUAUUUUUGUUGCAGAAUUCUCUCUACUUGAGUAGAUAUUGAAAGAUAUUCAGUUUAUUAUAAAAAAAAAUUAUAUAUUUUGUGAUUAUUAUAUAUACAUUAUAUAUAUAUAAAUAUAAAUAUAUCCAGUAAAUGUCA